CCACGCUGGCGCAGAGGCCCGGGCCCGGGCCCGCCUCGCCGCUGAGGAUGUCCCGGAAGGCGCAGCGGGCCGAGGUGUGCGCCGAUUGCAGCGCCCCAGACCCCGGCUGGGCCUCCAUCAACCGCGGCGUCCUCAUCUGCGACGAGUGCUGCAGCGUGCACCGCAGCCUGGGCCGCCACAUCUCCAUCGUCAAGCACCUGCGCCACAGCCCCUGGCCCGCCACCCUGCUCCAGAUGGUGCACACCUUAGCCAGCAACGGGGCCAACUCCAUCUGGGAGCACUCGCUGCUGGAUCCGGCCCAGGUGCAGAGCGGGCGCCGCAAGGCCAACCCGCAGGACAAAGUGCACCCCACCAAGUCGGAGUUCAUCCGUGCCAAGUACCAGAUGCUGGCCUUUGUCCACAAGCUGCCCUGCCGGGACGACGACGGCGUCACCGCCAAGGACCUCAGCAAGCAAUUGCACUCCAGCGUGCGGACGGGCAACCUGGAGACCUGCCUGCGCCUGCUCUCGCUGGGGCUCAGGCCAACUUUCUUCCACCCGGAGAAGGGCACCACGCCGCUGCACGUGGCGGCCAAGGCCGGGCAGAUCCUGCAGGCAGAGCUGCUGGUGGUCUACGGCGCCGACCCCGGGGCGCCCGACGUGAACGGCCGGACCCCCAUUGACUACGCCAGGCAGGCGGCCCAGCACGAGCUGGCGGAGCGGCUGGUGGAGUGCCAGUACGAGCUGACCGACCGGCUGGCCUUCUACCUCUGCGGCAGGAAGCCGGACCACAAGAACGGGCACUACAUCAUCCCGCAGAUGGCAGACAGCCUGGACCUCUCCGAGCUGGCCAAGGCGGCGAAGAAGAAGCUGCAGGCG